GCAAGCAAAUUGAGAGUGCAGUCUAGCAAAACUUUCAUUAGAGCUUCUUUACAAACAUAUGGUGGGCACUAACCAAAACUGAAAGUAAUAAAAUGUUCAAACAUGCUCUAACCCACCGUUAGGGAUUGGGAUCAAAUAAAGGAGAUCGGACCUUUUGUUUUUCAGAAGUCCAUGAAAGAUUUGGAUUAACAAUUUCCAUAGGGAGCGAAUAAGGGGAAAAAAUUGCUUCUGUUCGUUCGUAAAUAAGAGGUGGUUUUAUGUAUUAUUAUUAUUAUUAUUUGUUAUCUUACAUUAUUUUUUAUAGAAAGGUGGUUUUAUUUGUAUACAAUUUAUUUCUCAAGAUGAGUCACUCUCUUUGGCUGAAUGUUUUAAGAAGAGAACCAACAAACUACUCCAGUCCAGUUGAAGUUGUAAUUUUUAUGGAAAAGAAACAGUUAUGCAUGUAAAGUAAAGUUUCUGUAAUUGAAAAUUUAACUCCUCCGUGCUUUUUCAUUGCAUUUUAUUUUCUAUAUGAAGCAUCUAAUGUCUUCAAGCACCAACUGUUGUAUGCCAUUAAACCCUGGAAAUCAUCAACGCUCCAAACCCUUGAAAUGCUUCAAUCCCAACACUCUGCUUUAUCCCUUCGGAUGCCAUCUGGGUCUUGGAAAGCCUCCUCCUCUGCUCUCUGUUUUAGCAUGGCAAUUUCACUAACCUUAUGGAAAAGUGUCAGAUUCAGGUAAAAUUUUCAAAACUUGGUUAUUUCUGUCUUUUGUUUUCAGGUAUUUAUUAUUAUCAUUAACAAUUAAUUUGCAUGUCUGCUUCAUAUUCUUUAGCUUCCAAUCCUUGAUAUGUAUGGUUAGAAAUGGUAUGACUGAGAUGAUUUUAUAGCAAUUCAACAUUAAAACACUACAAAUUUUUCAGAAAGGUAUUUUUUCAAUCUAAUUGUUGUGCAUAAGGCUCUUGCAGUGAUAGUUUUGAUGUUUUUGGGUACAUUCUGCUAUUUGUUGAAAACAAACUUUCAAGACAAUUGGGGUUUGUGAUUUUCUUGAAUAUGGAUUUUUACAUAACAUUUUGUUCCUAUAUCAAAAUGCUUGUGAUUAUUCCUAGCUCAACCACAAAAUUAUUGAGAUUUGAACUGUACUAUAGCAUCAUAAUUGGUAUCAAUUUUUCUUAUGCUAAAGAAUGUCAUAAGGUGUUGUAAGUGAUAAUUUUAGUUUAAGUUUUACCCUUUUUGCUUCUUGAUGUUUCGAUUAAUUUAUUUUUUAUGUUUUGGUUGACAAAAUAAAUUUGUCAGUGUGUUUGUCUAUGCAUCCAUGCCUUGUUAUGUCACCUAAUGAUCUCUCAUAUAGAUUUUAUUUAUGUCACCUAGUGAUCCCUCAUAUGCAUCACAGAUCUCAUUUGUAGUUUAACAGGAGUAUUAUUAUUGAUAUGAAAUAUAUAAACUACAAUAGAUGAUAAGGUAUUGGCUUAGGAUGUAUAAUUCACCAAUAAGUAAAGAAGUAAACUUCACUAUUACAAGUGAAUUGCACUAAUUUGCACAAUCCACCUACAUUAGAAAGGAUAUAAAGUGUAACAUUAAAUGUGAAUUGCACUAUUAUUCAUAAUUAAGCUAGAAAAGUAAUUUGUUUUAAAUUGUGGAGAUUGUCUAAAUGAAGAGGUGAAAAAAUCAGCAUUUUGUUCAAUGAAUAACUACUUUAGUCAUUAUCUAAAUAGAAAGCGUUGUUGGAUUGUUUUACGGUUUUCUUUAGUGGUGAACUAAAUUGGAAUCGAGCUUUCAUAUUAUUCACUUCAUUAGGUGCUAUAUUGCCUUUUGGCAGUAGUAGUUUUGAUGUCAAUGUCAAACAUCACAUGUUAAAUAGAAAAUAACCAGUUUAUCUCAUGGUAUGUUUACUGCAAUGACUCCAGGUUAGUUCUAGAGAAAAUAUAUUAAAGUUUGUGUGCCAUUUUAGACAUACGUUACAUUUCCAGACAUGGUAAGAUACUUAUUACCCUGCCAAAAUUUACAAUAAGCAAUAUGAUUUGCCUUUACAGAUGUGAGAUAGGGAAAAAUAAUGUGAUACUGAUUGUUUUACAAGUAGAAGUUCAAUAAAUUUGAAAAUUAGCAUUUUCUUUAUUGGGAUUCUCGCCCACCAACCCCAUUUCACCAACUUGAUAAAUUGGACGAAGGCUUUGUUUGUCAGGUUGUCUAUAUGUUGCAGUCAAUGAACAUUAUAUGUUUCGACGUUAUCCUUGUUCAUUCGAGAUCUAUUUUUUAAUCUCUUUCCAAAGGGCUAUCAGGAAGGUUUUUUGCUUGGUGAGUUCCUUCUCAAUCUUUUUUAAGAAAUUUUUUUCCAUCUAUUUCUUGUAGUCAUUGUUUGGUACAUCUAGAGAUUACACAUUUUGCAUAUUUGUUACUUGACAAUAGGAAGUAUUUGGGUACAUAAAAAUUGCAAGAGACUGGGCACAUCAAUGAGAAUGGAACAUUGAUGCAAAUUAGAAAAAUGUAAAUCCUUAGAUCUGUUCUUGUGAUUGAAACUUCUUACAAAUUUUGGAUUUAGUUAUUCGUAGAAUUGGGAUGUUUGGUUGUGGUAAUUCUCCUUGGUCCAUAAGGGUUUUUAUUUUACAGGCUCAUCCACGAACACAUCUAAUCUUAAAAUGUUGAAAUAGUUUUGUAGUUUAAUGUAGGCAAAUCUAGACUUUAAUUAUUUUGUGAUUGACAAAGAGAUGACAUAAUGAAGAUGAUAUGCUCAAUUGGACUAGCAGAAUAUUGGCAUCAAUGAUAUGUUACUUGUAAUUUUAGAAUAUAAAGAAAGGUAUCAUACUUGGGAAAAUUAGAGAUGUAUAUUCCUAUUUGGAUUGUAUUUUGGCUUUGUAAUUAAUUGUUUCUAGAUUUUUUAUUUUAUUUUAUAUCAAUGUAUUAGGUCGGAUGUAGACAAUUGCUUGGUAAUUGUGUGCCAACUUAGUUGCAAUGCCUCUCUUUUAGCUUGAUGUUUCAUUUAUCAUAUUUCUAUCAAAAAAAUUUAAAAAAAAAGCUCGGUAAAAUUAUUGUAUGUGUUGACAGUUAGGAAAUUAAAGAUCUUAAAGUUUGAUCUUUGAGUUCCAUAGGAAUAGGAAUCGGUUCCUAUUCUUCAGACGUUUCUCAUUUUGUAAUUAAUAGUUUAAGUCUUGUAUAGCCUAUAUAUAUAUAUAUAUAUAUAUAUAUAUCCUCUUGGUUGUAAAUCUUUAAACAGAAGAAGAAAAUAUACAACAAGAAAGGUGUUUUUCCCUCACCAUUUUCACAGUAUGUUAUAUCAUAUCACAAAGUUGAACUUGCGCUAAGAACUUGUGCUAAGAGUACAGGUGGAUUGGUAAAAGAACUAAAAAAUAUUGCUUUAAGCUCUUAAGUUGUUUUGAAGGUAAGCCUUUUUUUCUAAUUUUUUUAUGAUGUGCCUAUUUCUAAAUUCUUUGCAGAAGAGCCAAUGGAAGUUAUUUAAAGAAGCUUGAUGUUUUAAUACUGAUUUUUAAAGUAAUAAUUUUGAUAUCUCUUUUUAUUCCAGAUAAAAUAUCAUUUAAGAUUCUUUCCAAGUGUUGUGUAGAAGCUCUACUUGAAAAGUUGGAUGAAAAAAAUGGGUAGAAAUCUUCUUAAUUAUAGAAAGAGGACGAGUAAAUGGGAUGCUGUAGAAUCCUCUGUAGAUGUUGUACAAGACAUCCUCUCAAGGCUUCCUGUCAAGUGCCUCAUACCAUUCAAGACUAUUUCUAAACUUUGGUACAAAGUGAUUGGCAAUUCAAAUUUUAUGAAACUACAUUUACAACACUCCAAAGAAAAUCCCAUUUUUAUACUUUACCCAUAUAUGGGUGCGGUAACAGAUGUUUACUUGGUCAGUGCCAGUGGUUCAGUAAUUGAAGAAAUCGCUCUUCCAGGCUGUGAAAACAUUUAUUUUCUCAGUAUGAUUUGCUGUCACAAUGGUUUGGUGUGCUUCGCCAAUUGCCCCAGGGUUCUAGACUCUAACAUGACAGAAAUGUGUGUAACAGUUUUGGAAAUCCGUGUAUGCAAUCCCUCUACUCGUGAUGUCCAUUUACUUCCUCAAGGUAGCCCGUCAGUAUCAGUACCAGUUGUUGGAGUUGCCUUUGGACUCAGUGAGUACAAAGUUUUUCGUAUCUUCCAUGUUGAUUCUGAAUCUCGAGAUGACGACAUUAAGUGUGAGGUAUACUCAUCAAGUACUCGAACUUGGAGGGACAUAGGUUCUGUUCCAAAAUACCCCAUGCGUUCUCAUAAUGUAUAUGUUGAUGGAACAGUUUAUUGGUUUAUUGCUUCGGACGAUGAUUACGAAAUCCCUGGGUCAAUUUUUUCAAUUGAUACUGAGGAACACUUCAGAGUAAUUGAACUCCCAGAGGAAGUUACAGCACAUGCCUUCCUUACGGAUUUGGAUGGAAGCUUGUGUUUAGUAGCUAUUUAUGAUGAUGAUUUCAUCAUGGAUAUAUGGCUUCUCUGGUCUCGUGAUGGGGCUGAUUACUGGGAGAAGAAGUGCAGUGAUUACAUUCCUUACUCAACUAAUGAAGAUACUGACACUGUAGCAGGGAGAAAGAAUGAAAUUUUUCUAAUAACGACUGAGCAUUAUUAUAUCUAUGAUAUAGAACGCAGGGUUUGGACAGACCUUGAUUUUGAGGAUGAUUUUGAUAGGAAUUGUCCUGCUGUCUUUUCUUUUACUGAAAGCCUCAUCCCAAGUACUGGGCUUCCGGCUAAUAAUAAUUGAUUUUUGUUCAUCCAAGUUUGCCAACUAUCAAGAAGCACCAACAUGAGAAAAGCUCUUUAUCUCAUUGUUUGAAGUCAAACUUGCUUUCCGGGUUUUUUCCUUGUUAGUUUAUCUUAAUAUUUUCCUUUCUAUAUUUUAGAACUUGUCAACUGGUGGUUGUUUGCUAUGGUUUUAUGGGAUUUUGAAAACUUCGUGCUUUUUUAUUUAUCAUUUACAACUUUUGGAUCCUUGGGGAUUACACAUGAACUGACUGUUAGUCAUUCACUAUGGUGUUUGGUUAUCUGAAUGUCAAGUCUUUUGUUGUGGUGUU